GACUCGCUCCCUGGCAGACCUCGAGCAGACGGCCCUCAGCCACUGGGUGCUGCAGGGUCGGGGCCCCAGUCUUGCCUUCCCAGAGCCCCCGCACCUCGCAGCGCCCCUGAGGCUCACCCAGGGCCUCUCACCCCCUGGCUCUGCUCAUCCUGCCCAGCACAGCGUUUGGCCUCCUUGAACCCAUCAUGAUGCUGGUUGUGCCCCAAGAUCAGGGGCCACGUGCAGUGCCUCAGAGAGGUACCCUCUGUACCAGCUGGGCAACCCCCAGCUCCGCGUGUUCCGAACAAACUUCUUCAUUCAGUUGGUGCGGCCCGGCACGGCCCAGCCCGAGGACACCGUGCAGUUCCGGAUCCCCAUGGAGAUGACCAGGGUGGACCUGAGGAAUUACCUAGAGCGCAUCUACAACGUACCCGUGGCUGCCGUGCGGACGAGGGUGCAGCAUGGUUCCAACAGGAAGAGGGAUUACAGGAACGUGAGGAUGAAGAAACCAGACUACAAGGUGGCCUAUGUGCAGCUGAUACGGAUGCCGUCCUCCAUCCUUUGCCCGUCUGGAAACAGACAGCGCGGCUCUGGCGCGCGCCCCCUCUCAUGCCCUGAUCUCGGGGGGCUGCUCCGUGGGACCCAGCAGACUGAAAGGGCACCUCAGAGCUGCCCCCUCCUCCGCUGCAGCAGGGGCCAGCCCGGUGCCCCACACACGUGCUCGGGGGUCUGGGUUGGGGCUUGGCCGACACUGGCACAUUCUGAACUUUUAGUGAAAGAUGUAAAACCAGUUAAUUUGCAAAGCCGGUCUUGAUUUAUA